AUGUUGGUGUUAUUUGUGCUAUAUUUGUUUGGGUCGUGUCGUGUGUCUGUUGCGACGAGCUGUGAGCGCGCUCCAGCCGACUCUCAGCCAGCUGAUAAAAAUUACAAGCUAAGUGUAGCGGGAGACCCGGACCUCUUCCUACCUGGAGAAUUGUACACUGUGUCCCUGCAAGGUGUAGAUAGCGGACAAGGCCCGACGCCUUUCGUUGGUUUCUUGAUAUGGGCUGAGUUGGAUGAUGCGGGUAAUGAGAGUGAUGAUGACAUCCUCAAGGGUCCUCCAUCGCUCGGGGCCCUGCAGGCCUACGACACACAGACUAAACUCUACGAGCCCUGCAAACCUGCUGUGGAUAACGCUACAUCUCAUCCAAAGACUGAAGUACAAGUAAUAUGGAGUUCCCCAUCUAUAGUGACUGAAUACAAUUGCGUCAGACUAUGCGCUCGUGCAGCAAACGCGGAGGGCACCACUAGUUCGAUCGUGUGCCGCAAGUUAUGUUCGGCACCGGUCGGCACAACCACCAGCAAUCAGCAACCACCGAUACUUGAACCAUGCUGUGCAUGCGACGAGGCUAAAUAUGAGGUCACGUUUGAAGGGCUCUGGUCCAGGAACACACAUCCUCAGGAGUUCCCUCCAGAAGGUUCGCGAGCUCAUUUCGGGGAUGUGAUAGGUGCUUCUCAUACAGCGCAGUACCGAGUGUGGCAGGAGGGCAGGGUGGCUAGCUCGGGUCUGAGAAGACUGGCUGAUGAUGGAUCUACGACUGCUCUUGAAAAGGAACUCAAGGCCGAGAGCGAACACAUCCGUACUAUAAUCAAGGCCCGAGGCAUAUCAUGGCAGCAGGUCGCUGGUGCAGGAACUCCAACAACUUUCGCGGUAUUUCGUGUGGACGCUAAGCAUCACCUCGUAUCAUUGGCGUCAAAAUUAGCGCCAUCACCAGAUUGGAUAGUCGGAGUAUCUGCUUUGGAGUUGUGUAACGCUAACUGUACUUGGCGGAGAUCCAUUACGUUGCCGCUUUAUCCGUAUGACGCUGGAACUGAUAAUGGACUGAAUUUCACUGCUCGUAGAAAUCCUACAAACCCAAAGGCUCCGGUGCGGGCUCUCAGACAGGAAUGGCCGAGGGACACUCGCUCGGGACCCUUCUUGAGCUCCUUCGGUGAAUUACGACCAUUUGCUCGGCUGAGAUUGACGAGGUUGAGACUUUAUGAGAAAAGCUGUGAUGUUACAGAGCCUACCGGCGUGCAAGUUCCCGAGGGAGCUGCUGUUCCCGGCGGCUCAUGUGCUACGUAUGGUUGGGGUGGUUGGAGCCCCUGCAGCGUGUCUUGCGGCACGGGGCGAAGCACCCGCCAGAGACGGUACAUGUGGCCCCUCCGCGCACACCACGACGCCUGCCGUACUACACUCACUGAGUAUAGAUCCUGUCAUGGACCCAGACUGCAUUGCAGAGUGAAGUCAGACUACGAGCCCGAGGCUGCGGAGUCAUCAGGUCCUUGCGCCAUGUCUCCGUGGUCGGAGUGGUCGCCGUGUGUGGGGUGUGGGGUUCGAGCCCGCACCAGGCACUACCUGGCGCCGCGCGCGCACAAGCGAUGCCACGUGGGCUUCCGAGCGAGAACAGUCAUGAGCCAGGCGAUGCCGUGUGACGCGGGACCAUGUUUUAAACCUCCCAAAGAACGCGCGAAUGCAACAAACUUCGAUUGGUUUUUUGAGGAGAGUCCCAAGUCUGAUUGUCCCGUGACCCCCUGGUCCACGUGGUCUCCCUGUUCCUCCCGCUGCGGCCGAGGUCGGCGACUCCGCACCAGGAUGUACGUGGUGCGAGAGACCAACCUUCAGAGAGAGAUCACCAAGAGGCUGCUGAGAGACUGGAACCAACGGUUCGCUGAACUACAGAACUUGGAGCUGCCGUAUGAGAACAUCACCAGUUCCGACCCGUCCCUGGACGCGGCGGUCCAGGAACACUUGGACAAGUGUCAGUUCACGAUGACGCAGCAGGAGGCGCUCUGUGACGGACAAAAUGGAGACUGUUCCAACAACACCUUGCCUAAUGAAAUCUGCAAGUUGCCGGUGUCAGUGGGUCCGUGUCGUGGUUACGACGAGCGCUGGUUCUUCGACCACCCGAGGCUCGUCUGUGAGCCAUUCGGAUACACAGGCUGUGGGGGGAACGAGAACAACUUCAGAACACGACAAAUCUGCGAAGAGACUUGUCUAUCACAAAAAAACAAACAGGAUAAUGUGACGUCGCUGGUCGAAGUCAGUCCGAAACGUAUCAAGGCGACUCCAUCAACUGAAGACAACGAGGUGAUGCAGAACGACCAUAAUGUACGCGAUGUAAACUGCGAGAUGGGUCCUUGGCUCGGUUGGAGCGAAUGUUUCGGAGAGUGCGACCUGGCCAUCAAACUCAACUAUAGACACGUUCUGGUUCCGUCGUCAGGUUCAGGAAGAUCAUGUCAGAAGACCGUGAAGAGUCGCGUCUGUAAACCAGACUUGUGCAAGAAGAAGAAACACAUAAUCUUUAAUAAACCAGAUAAUACUGUUGAAAAUAACGAUUAUUAG